CGGGUUGUUGGGCUUAGUUAGCGGAGCUAGAACACUUUGUUUCCCGGCUGUUCAAACAUGAGCGGGGCUGAAGGCGGCUAGUGGCCGAGGGCAGCUGGAUGAAGUGCGGGCAGCUUCUUCAGGCCGGUUCAUUACUGCAGAACACGAUGUUCACUUUGAAGUUUAGAUCCAGUUUCCUGGGAGAUAUGUGAGGACUAAUGAGAAGCUGUGACACGGAGAGGUUUGCAGUCAGUGGGUGAUGCAGUCUGCUUUCCUCACUCAGCUCCAUCCAUCCGUCCAUCUUCUUCACCUCAUUUAGUUUCUGUGAGAAAGCGUACAAAAACGAGCACAGAGGAAUGUUCGGGAUGGACGUGCCCAGCAGGCUGGAGGUGUGGCAGGAGCUGGCUGAGAGCUGCGGUCUGGUUACGGUGCAGCAAGGCCUGCAGCAGGUCUGGAGGCUGCUGCUUCUCUGCCUCAUCUGCAGACUCUGUUUCAGGCUGGGUGUGGUGUCCACUAUGAAACAUGUAGUGUCAGCAUUGGCUGGGAUGUGUGGCCUCUUCCUGUUCUUUGAGCAGCAUAUGCAGUGGAUUCUGCUGCUCACUGUGCUCUGUUACUUCGUUCUGUGGCUUUGCCAACACUCCAGGAGCCGAGGCCUCUUCCUCUCAGGUGUCAUCCUCAUCUACCUCCUAACAGGCGAGUUGCAUUUAAUUGACAUGGUGACCUGGCAUAAAAUAAGAGGCUCUCAGAUGGUGGUGGCCAUGAAGGCCAUCUCUGUGGCCUUCGACCUGGAUCGAGGAGCAUUGAGUGGCCUGCCCUCCCCAGCUGAGUUCCUGGGCUAUGUUUUCUUUGUGGGUACUGUUGUCUUUGGCCCUUGGAUCAGCUUCUCCACUUAUAAGAAUGCUACCGAAGGCACAAAACUGAGCUGGCCGUGGCUGCAUAAUUCCAUCGUCAGCCUCCUGAAGAGUCAGAUCUGUUUGCUAAUCUCCACCUGUGUCGCCCCAUACCUUUUCCCGUGGUUCAUCCCGAUCCAUGGAAACUCAGUUACAAAGAAGUGGCUGAAUGCUUAUGAAAAUGCAGUGUCCUUCCACUUCAGUAACUACUUUGUGGGUCACCUUAGUGAAGGUACCAGCAUGCUGGCUGGAGCAGGAUUCACUGAAGAAAAAGACAACACGAGAUGGGAUAUGAGAGUGGUGAAGCCUCUCAAUGUGGAAAUGCCUCGCUCCAUGGUGAUGGUGGUUACAUCCUGGAACAUCCCCAUGUCUCGCUGGCUUAAGACCUAUGUCUUUAAAAACGCAGUGAAACUGGGAACCUUUCCAGCUAUCCUGGUGACAUACACGGCCAGCGCCUUAUUACAUGGUCUCAGUUUUCACCUGGGAGCUGUUCUGCUUUCUCUUGGCUUCAUCACAUAUGUUGAACAUGUUCUGAGAAAGAGGCUUGCCUCUAUCUUCAGUGCCUGUAUCCUGUCCAGGCCGUGUGCUUCUGACUGCAGCCAUCAACAUAAAAAGGAUUAUUGGGUGAUGCUGUUGAACCUGGUUUUCAGCUUGCUGGUCAUCUUCCAUCUGACCUACCUAGGCUCCAUGUUUGACCCAGGCAUUGAUGAACAGGAAGUAGAAGAGGAUUUCACAGCCAUCCACACCAUCCAGAGGUGGUCUGAACUGAGCUGGGCCAGCCACUGGGUUGUGUUUGCUUCCUGGAUAUUCUACUGUUUAAUUAAGUAAUGUUGGGGCAGGUGAGAAGGUGGAGUCGGUGUAAUGACUGGUCUCUGAAGGAUCAGUGAAAUGAAACACUUGGACAUGUCCAAACACAUUUCUGCUGCUGAAAAUGGAAGUGUGGCUUCUGUGCUUGUACAAAGCUUUCCUGUUACAGGCUCUUAUUUUUACUGCUGUACUGAUUUUUGUAUUUCCAUUGGCAUUUUGAUGAAAUGCACCUGUGAAUAUAAACAAGCUCCUGGUUCAUGAUUAUCUGCUAACAUGGUGUCAGACAUGUCACUAUGAAAAGGAUAUGUUCUUUUUUUCUCCACGUUAUAAUUAUUGUUUCAUCACUUUAAAAAGUAUGCACCCACAUUUUGUCACUUCAUGCCUUGGUGACUGUAUUCCUCAAGCUCGGCUGAAGACGUACACCAGAGAAGCAGAGGCCGAGAGAAUACGUGGCCUGUUCACAAAGAUCCAGCCAGGGUGUACUCGCAGCUACAACGGCACUAGGACAGAUCCGCCCAGAGCCGAGACUGAGGAAUACUUGAACAUCCGGGAGGAAGGGGCGUCACACAGCACCAAUGCCAAGUGGCUGGUGGACCUAAGAGCAGACCACAGAAACCUCCCAGAGCAAGAGCCAGUCAUGAGCUCCUCAGCCAAGUGUCCAGAGCCACCUCCGUUUGGCAGUUUCUGACCUCAGCAUUAGUGAAGAGUGUGGGAUCAUCCUGACAGAACAGAACCAAAGGCAGCAACAUCCGAGGAAGAGGAAGCUGCCUCAGAGAGUUCAGACUGUGCUGAGGAAUAAAGGAGGUCAUAACAAGUAUUGUAUAAACUCUGUUUUUGCCUUAUAUGCUGUAUUUCUGUGUAUCUUUGCACAUUUCAGUAAAUGACUGCACCUAUUUCCCAUUUUCCUAGAUAUAAAACAGUGAGGUGUGGUUCAAUACUUUCACACAGUACUGUUUAUUAUUAUUGGUGGACUGACUGCAGGUUUCUGCAGCUGAUUCUGAUUCCAGUGUUUUUUCAGCGUUGGCCUGCAGCAGGUUACAGGAUCCAUGAAUGAACUGGAAAAAAGAGCUGUGCUAUUAGAAAGAACUGAGUGGGAGUGAGCUGCUGGGCUCCCAGCCUUCCCUCGCCAUGUUAGCAGCAGAUGUAUACAACAAACUAAUGUCAGGUACUUACAUCAUUCAGCAUUUUUAGAACUUCAGCAGGUAACAGGCCGUCUCUCUUGCUUUCAUCUCCAUAAGUUUCCUCAUGCCGCCGCUUGUGUCUUGUGCAUGUGUAAUGCAUCCAGUUCACUAAAUAUCUGUUAUCAAAUUUCCAAGAGGUUGCAAAGAGUCUAUAUUCACAGACAGAGCAUCAGACCUCCAGCUCACA